GUGAGGCAAGAGCAGAGCGCGGAGCUGCUGUAACACAUCCUCUCUCUGCAAACUUCCUCUGACAACCGAGGCUCCAUUCACUUUAUUUUGCUUUUAUGGAAAAUGUAUUGGAGUUACAUUUGAUGAUUUUGCAAUAUCAGAAAUUGGAUUUCAUGCAGCAGAAAGGACAUUUUGGAUUAUAUCUGGAUUAAUUUAAGUUUUUGGAGCAUUUAUAGACGGACUCUGGAGUUUGGACGCCAGGGCCCUUCAGUUUAUUGUCAUGAUUUUUUAGUGAUUUUUUUUUUUGAAUGCCAGGUGUAAUUUUCAUUAAAGCGCACAGAGCCACAGCCUCUCUCUGCUAUGGAAAACAUCACCAUAGAUAAUAUGACUGUGGGGAAUGACACGUCGGUGCAGGACAAUGAGACCCUGGGUGUUUGGACUGACUACACUGUUGAGUAUAAAGUGGUCAGUGUGUUUUUGGUGUCCCUCAUAUGCGGGGUGGGGAUCGUGGGGAAUGUGAUGGUCAUCCUAGUGGUCCUGACCACCAAACAUAUGCGGACUCCCACUAACUGUUACCUGGUGAGCCUGGCUGCGGCUGACCUGAUGGUCCUGACGGCCGCCGGGCUGCCCAACAUCACCGACGCCCUGCACGGUCAGUGGGUGUACGGUUACGCGGGCUGCCUGGGCAUCACCUAUUUCCAGUACCUGGGGAUAAACGCGUCCUCGUGCUCCAUCACCGCCUUCACCGUGGAGCGCUACAUCGCCAUCUGCCACCCCAUCAAAGCGCAAUUUCUGUGCACUUUAUCCAGGGCAAAGAAAAUCAUCAUGCUGGUGUGGGCGCUCACUUCUGUCUACUGCGUCAUGUGGCUCUUUCUGUCAGACACUAAAAAGUUGGUGUACGACAACGUGGUGCUGCUCAGCUGCGCAUACAAAGUGUCCAGGAGUCACUACCUGCCCAUUUACUUCACAGAUUUCGCGGUGUUUUACGUGCUGCCUCUCAUGCUGGCCACAGUCCUGUACGGACUGAUCGCCAGGAUACUUUUCCUGAACCCGCUGCCGUCAGAUCCCAAGGACAGCACCAAGAAGUGGAAGAAGGAGACGAGUCAGGGUGGGAGGAUGAUCAGCGCCAGCUCCUCCAGCAGCGCCACGGCUGCCUCCCGCAGACAGGUGACCAAGAUGCUUGCUGUGGUGGUGAUCCUCUUCGCCUUACUGUGGAUGCCCUACAGGACCUUAGUGGUGGUCAACUCCUUCUUGGAGAAGGCCUACCUGGACACCUGGUUCCUGCUCUUCUGCCGUCUCUGCAUCUAUCUAAACAGUGCCAUUAACCCGGUCAUCUACAAUGCCAUGUCCCAGAAAUUCCGUGCUGCCUUUAAGAAGCUGUGUCACUGUGGCCCUCAGCGCAUGGAGAAACCAGCUUCUUACAGCGUGGCGCUCACCUAUAGUGUCAUCAAAGAGACGUCCAAUGGGGAAAGUCCCGACCACUUCACUACAGAAAUGGACGAGCUAAACACACCAACAGAUCAAUACCUACCUUCCAGCAUCCUGCCCAACACAAAGAGGAUGCCGUAUGAGGAGCCUUCCCUGCCUGGAAGUGAUGUCAAAGCCUGACUAAAAACAAACGCACUCCGCUAUCAGAGAGUCUGAGAGCUGCAGUAUUGAUUCAGUCACCCAUUGGACAAGUUUUAUUUAAGUACACUGACACCUCCAGUUUAAUUUCUCUAAGAUUUUUUCUCUCAGAAAUGUUUCUUUUGUCUGACAAGCACAUUUCUGCCAUAUAGGUGAAAGCAGUUAUCAUGAGCUCUCUACGAUAUGCACAGCACUGAAGAGGGAGGAAAAGAAUCCUGCUCAAUGUAAAGAGCCGGAUGUGAUGCAUCGAACCCUUAUGAUAAAAUGCAGAGACACCUUUCUAUAAACAUUAACUUGUUACAGGAAAAGCAGUUUGUCAUCAAGUUCAUCCUACAGUUUUAUGACUGGUUUGGUUAAAACAGACCACCUCCCCAUCAUUUCUUCCUCUCAAGUCUAAACAGAACCAGACCCUGUCAAAUCAGAAGUGGAUAAUUUAGGGCUGGGUGACGUCAAUAUUUAGCAUAAAUGAAAUUACUACUUCACCACAUCCUGCUGAGUUUAAGAUUAAAAUUCCCCAUUAGAGUGCAGAACAAGAAAUAUCACAGCCUAAGCACAUAUGGUGCUAAAUACACAAAGGCAUAUUCAGUUAAUUCAACCAACCUUGUUACCUAAUUUGGGAAGGAUGCUAUCUGUUUCUAAAAGACUAGUUUUGGGCAGUAAGACAUUUUAACAUGUUACAUUAGUUACUAAUCCCAUUAGGGCUCUGUUACUUUGACAGUUUGCAGGUGGAUUUUGGAGUUUGAUAGAAGGCUGACAUGAGUUUGUUCACUGUGCGUUAGGUGGACUGAUCCGGUACGUGCUAGCUCGGUUGGGGGCUGGAGAUCUGGGGACACGUUUAGAAAAAAGAAACUCUCAAGUCAUCUAAUUUACAUUAUUUUUUAUUUUUUUUGUAAAUGGCAACAUAUUAGCUGUUUUGCUAAUGGCACCCACUGGGUAAAGCUACGCUCAGAAAUAAGCAGGUUUUGUUUACAGUUGUGCAGGAGUGAUUGAACCAUGCAGCUUCAUUGUGAGGACGGGUCUUCAUGCAGUCAUUGUUAACCUAGAUGAUGAUAGUGAGUAAAUACCUACAGACUGUAGGCUGGCUGUUUGUUAAACCACACUGUCUUAUUUCCUUUAUUUAUUUUUACCGUCUUUUUUCCGUGUUCUUCUCCUACACAUGUUCCAUAUAUAAGAUGUAACGUGUGUGUAUGUGUGUGUGUGUGUGUGUGUGUGUAAUUACUUUUUCUGUUGAGUAAUCAGUAAAGUAACUUGGUCACCUUUUACCUGAGUGAUUUGUAUUGAGUAAAUGACUAAAUGUUUUUCAAGUAACUGACCCCACACUGGCUAUGACCAGUUGGAAAGAGCUUUGUUUCUGUGUUGGGAUGCUGUCUCUGACUAACUAAUCAAGAAAUUUUUUUUACGGUGAUCUGUUUAUAUUGUUUACAUUGCCCAUCCCUAGAAUAUCAUAAUACCAACUCAGCUUUACCCAGGUUCUUUCAGAUUACUUGUAGCAAACGUAUUCCCUCUUUGUUCAUAUACCUCCCAGCCAGAAGCCAUGUAAUCCAAAUGAAUCCAAAUGAAUCCAAAUGCGCAACAUCGUGACAUUUUAAUCUCGCUACCACAGAGAAAGCACAGACACGGCGUAACAUGACCUUUUUUAAAAAGGUCCGAGCAAAGAAAGGGGCAGAUAUUACAGACACUCAACCUCCUGUGUUAUUUAAAAAAAAAAAAAAAUCAUCUGAACACUAAUGAUUUCUGCAGGGACUUAAGUCUUAACAGUGACAGACACACCAAAGCCUUAUGUUGCUUUGGUCACUGUGAAGAUGGGCCACUGUGGACUCUCUGUGAGGAGCCUGUGAAGGUCAGUGGCCAGUGUAUAAUAAUGAGGGUGACAUGUGUAACCCUGAUGUGCAGACAGAGGGGCUGUUCGUCGAGGGGUCAAAUAACUGUCGUGGCAGUAAUUCACUGAUAUUGGCUGGGAUUGCAGAGUGCAGCACUUUUCUGUGAUUUAUCUGCUCAGCAAAACCCACAGAGCAAUGACGGAAUGUGUAAAUAGAUCACGACAAAGUGCCAUACACAAGCUGGUGCAAUUCAGUAUGUAUAUAGCUCACCCUGCUAUUAAAAGAAUUUCCUGCUGUUUCUUUGAGCUACGUAUAUGUGUAAAUUGAAGAGCACUCAGAGGGAAUGAAUACUGAGCAAACUCAAUGAAAGGAACCUGUACCAUACUGAACAGCAGGCUUUUUUUUGUCUAUAUUGUAAACUUGGCUGAAAUUGAUUGUGCAGUGUAAUGUGAAAUUAAUUCAAUAUUGUGUUUUCAAAUGUGUGCCAGCAAGUGCAUUUUUAAAAUAAUGGCUUAUUUGAUCCCCUGUUCCAUCAGUGUGUUUUCUAUCAUUUCACACCAUUCAGUGGAAGCUAAGUGGAACAGCUGAGAAAACAUAGGUGUUAGUUAAUAUAGUUUUGUAGCAUAAAGUACCUCUAAUUUGUGCACUUUUAUUCAUUUCUACCUUUGGUCUCAGUUGAAACGUAUUUCAUUUUUUGGGAAACUACCAUGCAGUAGUGAUGGAGAUGUUCUCUGUUCUGCAUGGCAUGCUGUCUCCAGCAUGAGCACAAGCUUUUGUGAUGUGAACACAGAGAUGACAAAACCUGAUACCUGAUGUAUUUCCAGCUGAGGUGGCGCUUUAUGCACAUUUCUGUCUCCAUGUAGCGUUAUUCUGCUCUUGUUGUUUGAUGGAUUGUUUUGUAUUUUGUAUUGUUCUUUGUCUAUAAUAAACACAAUAAUUGUA